CUGCCCGGACCUGCCGCGGGAGAACAGCGCAGCCGGCGGCGCCGAGGGCCGCUCGCCGCUUCCCUCGCCCAGGGGGUCCGCAGGCAUGGCUGGAGCCCGCCCGCUUUGGCAGGGGCCAAUGGCAGGCGUGUGGACCUCGACCCUGCGGAGAACGUGCAGCGAUGCGCCGGCCGGCACCGUCAACAGGCGCAGGUCACACCCCAACGCCGACGGCGGCGCGGGCCGCAGCGGCGCAGCGCGUGGCGUGGCGGCGCCCCGGCCGCGCCUCAGCACGCCCGCCCAUCGCGGCGCCGCGGCGGCCGCCGUCGCGCCGCCUGGCCCCGCCGGCGCCGCGGCGCCGCCGUGCUCUCCGCCCGCCGCGCGGCCCGACAGGGCCGCCACCGUCGUGACGGUGGCGGAAGUGCAACUCCUGGAGGGGCCGAGCCGCGACCAGGGGUGCGCGUCGCCAUUGGGCGAGGGCUCCCCAGGCGGCCAGGCCUCCGCCUCGACGCCGAGGGUGCUGGAGCUGCUCGCCACCCUGAGGGUCGCGCAGGAGGAAGUCACCGACUGCAGGGACGAGUUCGCCCUCACCAGGCAGAGAGUAGCGGAACUCCAGCAGGCAAACGCGAAGUUGCUCGACCAGCUCGUGGCCGCCGUGGAGCACGGCAAGCAGCUGCAGGAGAGCAACCAGCGUCUCCAGCAGGAGAGCGACUCGUGGGCGCAGCGGUACAGCGAGGCCGAGCGCCGGUUGCGGGAGCUGGGUUGCUCCGCGGCGCCCUCGCCGAGGUGCGAGCAGCCCCCCAUCGACAGCGCUCGACACGACGACCGAGGGGCGCUGCAGAACUCCGCGAACUCCACGGACCCCGCGAGCAGAAGCACGAGCACCUGCUCCCCCCGCGGCUUCCGCUGGGCCCCCGACACGGACGGCGCCACGGGCAGCUGCUGCUCUCCCCUCGUCGCCCGCGGCGACUCCGAAGCCGAAGGCAGCCCGGCGCGCGCAGCCUCACCCGACGGGACCGGGCUGUGUUGGACGACGCCGCGAGCCGGGCGCGGCGGGGCCUCGCCGCCGCUGCCGGAGUCCGCGCGCAGGUGCUGGGCCUGA